AUGGUUUUUGAAAAAGAGAACAAGACGUGCAUGAAGGAUGUUCGUUAUGAUUUACAAGAACGUGAAAAGGAAGAGGAAGAGAAAAAAAGAAACUAUAACAUAAGUAAUAAUAAUAAUAAUAAUAAUUAUAAUAAAUAUGACAAAAAUUAUAUAUCACAUGUUGCAGAUUAUAUUAAUAGAAAACAAAUAAAUAAUAUGAAUGAUAAUAACAUGAAUAAAAGUUGUAUAAUGAAAAGAUUUAAUAAAAAGGAUGUAAAAUAUAAUGAUAUGUUGUUAAAAGCUGAUGAGACAUAUAUAAAUGAUGGUCAAAUAAAAAAAAAAUAUAACAAUAAUAAUAAUAAUAAUAAUAAUAAUACCAAGUCUAUAUAUUUAACAAAUACUUAUAACAAAAGUUCAAGUAUCCAUAAUAAACCACACAUUCAUAAAAAUAAUGAUAUAAAUAAUAUCCAUGAAAAAAAUGAUAAAUCAAAUAAUGAUUAUAAUUAUUCACAUAACAAUAUUUCUUUUGAUUAUAACGUCGAACCUGUUUAUAAUUACAUAAAUGAAGGACAUAAUCCUGAUAUAUCUUUAAACAAAAUGGAGAUACAAAAAGGAACAUAUAAUAAUUAUUGUUAUGAAAAUUUUAUUGUAAAUGAUGAUGUAGAUUCGUAUCGUGAUACACAUGAAAAUAAUAUAAUGUUAUUAGAUGAUGAAAAUAACAAUUCUAUAUUUAUAAAAAAAAAUAAAUCCUCCUUCUAUCAUACAUCACAACAUAAUAAUCAAGGAUUUAUUAAUACUAAUGAUACAAUAAAAAGAAAUAAAAAUUUUGUUUUACAAAAAAAUGACAUAAACUUAACAAAUGAUAAAAUAAAUUCUUCAUUCAAUAAAAAAAAAAAUAAAUUGACAAGUAUAUAUGUAGAAAGAGAAGAUCAAAAAGUAGGCCCUUUAAAUGUAAAUAAUGAUAUGUCUAUAUUAAAUAAAAAAAAAGAAAGCAAACAUAAUUUUUACAAAUCCAUGAAUGAACAUGAUGUAAUAGCAGAGAAAAAAAAAAACACCAUAUUAAAAAAUAAGUGUGUAGAAGAUGAUAAUAUUAGAACGAUCGAAAAUGUUCAUAAUGAUUCUUUAAAAAAUGAACAUAUGAAUGAUAUAUAUAUGAAGGAUAAUAAUAAUAAUAUAAAUACAUAUAAAAUUGUUCAUGAUAAACCUUUGAGUGCUGUUGAAAAUUUACAGGAAGUUAACAAAAAGAAAAAUUACAAAAAUGUUAUAUUUAAACAUUUAUUUAAUAAUGAUAAAGAUGACAAUGUUUAUAAUUUAAAAAAGAAUAAAAAUAAUGAUGUUGUAGAAUUUAACAUGAAUAAGAAAAUGACCCUGAUAUCUGGAAACAAAAUGUAUAAAAAUGAAACAGCAAAAAUGUAUAAUUCGAACCAGGAAAUAUAUAUAUCUAAUAAUAAUAAUGAUAAUAAUAAUGAUAAUAAUAAUGAUAAUAAUAUCAACAAUUAUCAUCAUGGUUAUAAAAAAUACAACACAACAAAUCAAUAUAAUAAUAAUAAUAAUAAUAAUAAUAAUAGUAAUAUUUAUCCAUUUUAUAAAAAUACAUCAAUCAAUAAUUGUAAUAAUAAAAAAAUAAAUGAAUAUGAUAAUAACCUUUUUAACAACAAAAAAGAUAUUCUUAAUAAUACAAAUUUUGUAAAAAGUCAAGACUAUCAUGAUAAUAAAAAUAUUCAAUAUAAUAUAAAUAGUAAUGAUAAUUAUUAUCAUUCUUUUGGCGAUAUUAAGAAUGAAGGUAAUAUGAAUACAAUGUUUAAUGUUAAGAAAAAAUAUAAAAAGGUUAGAAUUAAUUCACACAUAUCUUCAAAAUUGAAUGACAAAAGUAUUAUAAAUUAUAGGAAUGGUGUUAUUAAUAACCAAUUUAAUCAUAUGAAUGAUAUAGUAUCAUCUAAUAAUAACAACAACAACAAUAAUAAUAAUAAUAAUAACAAUAAUAAUAAUAAUAAUAACAAUAAUAAUAAUAAUAAUAACAACAACAAUAAUAAUAAUAAUAAUAUUAAUAUGAAAACAUCCAUUUGCAAUAAUAAAAAAAGGAAGAAUACCAAAAAUUUUAGCCUCAAUUUAUGUAGUGCCUGUCUAAAUAUCGAUGAUAAAAUUUAUAUUAAACAAAUAAAAGAAAUACUUGAUAGAGAUAUUAACUUACUAAAUGAAGACCCCAGAAUUAUUAACGCCUUGAAAAAAUCUCAUAUCUCCACGUCGUAUCUUUUCAAUAAUUUAAAAAGUUUAGGUACUUUUCGUAAAGGUGGCUUAACAUGGGCUAUUUAUUAUAACAAUAAUAAUAAAGGAGUUAAUAAUAUGAUCAAGAUAAAGAAUGAAGCUAAUAACAGAAUUGUUAAAGACAAGUUGUUAAAUAAUAUGAACUGUACUAAUAUAAUGAAUGAUAUUAAAAAUAUCAACACACUUGCUACUAAUAAUGGUGGUGGAUAUAACCUAAACAAUGUCAACAAUAUGAGUAAUAUAUAUAAUGUGGUGGAUGCAAAGAACGGGAAUCAUAUGAACAAUAGAAAGGAUAUGAGUAUUAAUACAGAUUGUUUUAAUUAUACCAACAGUAUAGACGAGAUGGAUGAUAUAAAUGAAAAUAACAAAAAAAAAGAUAAUUUCCCAUUUCUUAACAAUAGUAAUAUAGAUAGUGAUAAUAAUUAUAUAGAAUUAAUUAAAAAUAAUUCAUUCUGUAAUGAUAAAUAUAUUAUUGAACCUAUUAUUGAAAAUACUUGGUUAAAAAAAGUUUUGUUAAUUAUAAAAAAAGAAUCUUUAGAUAUUGAAUGUUUUCUUUUUAAAAUAAAAUAUUAUUUUUAUAAAUCUGUUUUAUUUUUAUAUCAAGAAGGAAUUAAAUCAUAUCUAGGUGAUGUAGCUAACCAAAUGAAAAUAUAUAUAAAUUAUAAUUUCUGGUCAGCAGCUGAAAUUGCCUUUAUACUUCGACAAAUUACAAGUUUGUGUAAUAUACAAAUAGAAGUAAGAGUCAAAGGAGAAAUUGGUUGUGUUAUUUAUUUAAAUGAAGAACCAGAGUGGUUUCAGGGAUUUGUCGAUAGUCAUAAUUUGAAUGACACAUUUAGUAAAAAGGAUUGGUACUUACUAAAUAAUUUUGCUAUCAAAAUGAUGCAAUAUAGAAAGGGAGACAAGAAAAGUGAAGAUAUGAAAGAGGAUACCCCUACAAGGGGUGAGAAUCUUCAAAGGGGUCAAAAUCUUCAAAGGGGUGACAAUCUUCAAAGGGGUGACAAUCUUCAAAGGGGUGACAAUCUUCAAAGGGGUGACAAUCUUCAAAAUGGUGACAAUCUUCAAAAUGGUGACAAUCUUCAAAGGGGUGACAAUCUUCAAAAUGGUGAGAAUCUUCAAAGUGGUGAGAAUCUUCAAAGUGGUGAGAAUCUUCAAAGUGGUGAGAAUCUUCAAACUCGUGAGAAUCUUCAAAGUGGUGAAAAUCUUCAAACUCGUGAGAAUCUUCAAAGUGAUGAGAAUCAUAAUAACAUUCUUUAUCCCUACAAUAAUAAUGGCCAAUAUGAAGAUAAUUACAAUAAUAGUUACAAUAAUAAUAAUAACGAAUGCAUAUUUUGCUCUUCAUCAAAUAAAAAACUCAAAUCUUAUAUGUUUAAUGGUGGUAGAUAUGCUUUUGCGGCAAAAUUAAAAGAAGAAAUUAAACAUUUUCAUUCUAAACGAUUAGGUGAUAUUAUCCAUUUAGUACAGCUAGCUAUACAUAAAGGAAUUUUUGUUUAUUCGCAACGUAUAUUAUUACCAGUAUCUGCAUGUGAAAAAAGUGCUGAUGAUUUAUAUCCUAAAAUUAGAAAUUUAAAUUAUGAUAUAUGCGAAACAUUAGAAGAGGUAUUAGAAAUAAUAUCAUUACUAGUUGAUCAUAAAACAAACGGAUUGGUACUUGCACAAUUAAAACAACAAUUUAUACUUCAAUUUAAAAAAGAAUUAAAUAGUUUACAUUUUGGAUAUAAGAAAUUACAAAACUUAUUAAUGGCUGAACCAUUUAAUAAAUAUUAUAAAUUGUAUAUACCAAAUAAUAAUUUACAUAGAACACAUAUUCAACAUAAGAAAUAUAAAACCCCUGAUAAUUGUCGGAUUUUCCAAAAAGAAAAUAUUCAUCUGAAAAAUCAUCUCGAUUUUAUUUAUAACACAGAAUUUUUUACCGAACUUUAUGUGGAAGACGAAUAUUAUGAUAAUGAAGAUACAAAACAAAGCAUCCAACCAAUUUAUGAUAAUAUUAUAUCCACAUCUUGUAAUAAUCAUAUACAACAACAAAAUGGAUCCCUAUAUAUGAGUAACACAACCUUUAGAAAUGAUAAGGAAGAAAUAAAAAAAGAUAUAUAUUUGUUAAACAUAAGGGAUAGCCAGAACAAACGUGAUAUAAAACAAGACAACAUUAGCAAGAAAAAAAUAAAUAACAUAAAUAGUAACAAUAGUAAUAAUAGUAAUAGUAAUAGUAAUAGUAAUAAUAAUAAUAAUAAUAAUUAUAAUAGUAAUAAUAUUAGUGAUAACAAAUUAGAACUCACUUAUCAAAAUAUACAUAAUUUACCAUCAUAUAUUCAAAAAAGUAUAGAAACCAUAUUUGAAAAAAAUAAUAAAGAAAACGAUAAAUCAAAAUGGAUAGAAGAAGAAGAAGAAGAGAAGGAAGAAUGUCCCUUAAAAGAAAUAAAUAAAAAUAUUCAACAUAACAAAAAUUAUGAUUAUAUUAUUAAUAAUAAUAUUUUUCAAAAUCGGGGUUCUAAUAAUAUCCAAUCUUAUGAUGAUAGAAACCAAAAUAAACAAAUACAAUUCCUUAAUACAUUAUAUCAUAUAGAUGUGGAAUUGUCACCUGUAAAUACUAAAAGAUACAAUAAAAUAAAAGAUAUUUUUACAAAUAUGAUAAAAAUAAAUAAAAAAUGUAAUGAUAAUAUUAUAAAUAAUGAUGACAUAAUUAAAAAUGACCAUGAUGAAUUUAUAAAUGAUGAUCAACAUUAUAAUAUUUGGAAUGUUCAUUUUGAAAAACGUACUUUAUUAAAUAGGUAUAAACAAGAUAAUACUACAGGUGCAACAAAUGUCGUAUCUCCUAUUUUAAACAUAUAUACUUUAAUAAAAAAAUAUAAAAUUAAAAAGAAAAAGUAUGAAUCCUUUUUUGAUGAUAUAAAUAAUGAUGUAGAUAUUCAUGUCAAUAAUAAGACUGAACAGAAUAAAGAUAACGGACAUAUUGAAAAUAAUAAUAUAAAUAAUAUAAAUAAUAAUAUAAAUAAUAUAAAUAAUAAUAUAAAUAAUAUAAAUAAUAAUAUAAAUAAUAUAAAUAAUAAUGUAAAUAAUUAUUAUUAUAUUGAUAAUGGUGAUGGUAAUAAUAUUCAUAAGGGGUAUAUAAAUAAUUAUAUUAUCCCUGAAGAUAAUCCUAUUCAUAAUAAUUUUACUUAUGAUAAUAAUAAAAAAAAUACUACUAAACAAACACUACAAUUAUUACACAAUACUGAAAUAAACUUCAUCCCUGAUAUAGAUCCCAUAGAUGUAACAAAUGUUAAUAUAAACAGGAAAAAUAAAAUGAACAAAAUAUAUAAAACUAAGAAUGUUAUAAAUAGACAUCACACAAAUAAAUCUAUGGAAACAUUCGAACCUAAUAACAAGCUAGAUAGUUAUGAAGAUAGAAAUAUACAAUUUUAUAAUGAAAAUUGUAACAGGUAUAUGAAUGCAGAUUAUAAGACAGGACAAAGUACUUUACCCAUAUUAAGUGGUACAACAAAUAAUAUAAGAUAUAAGACAGGAGAAAGUACUUUACCUAUAUUAAGUGGUACAACAAAUAAUACAAGAUAUAAGACAGGAGAAAGUACUUUACCUAUAUUAAGUGGUACAACAAAUAAUACAAGAUAUAAGACAGAACGGUUUUUCAAGGCAAAGAAUAGUAACCAAGAAAAUAUUAAUCAAAAUGAAAUAAAUUAUAACAACAAUGAUGAUGAUGAUGAUAAUAAUAACAACAACAAUGAUGAUGAUGAUGAUGAUAAUAAUUAUUAUAUGUUAAAUAAUCAAUAUGGUGAUAAUAUUAUGACAGAAUCCAAUUAUAUAUCCUCACAUAAUAAUUUACCACAAGAAGAUAUUUUUAAUGAUGAAAAAAAAAUUAUUGAAAUGAUUGAAAAGACAAUAGAUCAAGAUUAUAUAAAUAUCGAAGAUAAAAAUGAUGUUAAACAUGAUAUGAUAAAAAAAAUUAAUAAAAGAAAAAAUAAUAACAUCCAUAAUUAUAAUGAUAAUAAUAAUGAUAAUAAUAAUGAUAAUAAUAAUGAUAAUAAUAAUGAUAAUAAUAAUGAUAAUAAUAAUGAUAAAUAUUUCAUCUUUGACAAGGAUAUAAACAAUAAUGUUGAUGAGAACAAUAUUAAUAAUAUACAUCUAAAGGAUAAUAUAAAAAAAAAAAAGGAAAAAAAUGAAUAUAAUAAUUAUAAAAUAUCUUCUUAUAAUAAUAAUGAUGGUGAUAAUUAUGGUGAUAAUAAUAAUAAUUUAAUAAAUAAUAGUAUCUAUUAUUAUGAUAGUUCUAAAAACAGAAGCAUAAAAUAUGGAGACGAAUAUGAAGAGGAAAUUUAUAAUACAAAAAAUGUCAUAAAUCAGAAGAAUUAUGGAAACAUUAAUAAUUAUGAUUAUAAUGUUAUAUUCACUAAUAUUGCACAGGUAAAUGAUGAAAACCUUUAUAUACCUAAUAGUAGAUCUAUUAAUAUAGAUAUUAAUGAUACAGAUAAUAAUAAUUGUGUUAAGAAUAUUACUUAUAUAAAUAAUAAUUCAAAUCCUCUAGAGAGCAAUAAUAAUGGUAGUACUACAACAACUACUACGACAACUUCUAUUAAGAAUAAUAUGAAACAUUAUAAUGUGGAUAUAAAUAAUUUGGAUGAUAUUAAAGAUAUAUAUAUGUAUAAUAGUAAUAAUAACGACUCGACAAAUGUCGAACGUGAUAAUAACAAUAUAAAUAUCGAACAUGUAGGAGAAAAACCUUUUUGUUAUUAUACACAUAAUUAUAAUAAUAAUGUAUCAAAUAUAAACUUUAACACAUUUAAUCCUAGCCUUAAUCUUAUAAUGAAUAAUCCAAAAAAGAAUAAUGAUCAAAAUAGUAUAUUUAAAAAAGAACAAUAUUCAUCAUACGAACCUGUAAAAAAUAAUGAUAUAAAUAUUUUUUAUAGUAAUAAAUAUGAUAAUAAUAGUAAUUAUAUAUAUGAACAAAAAAUAAAAAAAAAUGAAAAUGAUGUUAUAUAUAAGAAUGAUGACAAAAUAUUCUCAAAUCUCAACAAAUCAGAGGAAUGUGUACACUCAUCGAACUCAUUUGUUAAUAAUCUAUAUAUUCCUUAUAAUAAUAUGAAGGAUAAAGAUAAUAUAAUGUCACCGCAAAAUAAUAUUAUAUAUGACGAACAAAUUAAUAAUAUAAAUAAUUUUACCUUAAACAAUCAUAAUAUGAACAAUGGACACAACAUUGGUGAUGAAUAUAGUGAUGAAAGUUAUGAGAUACGUCACAUAAAUAAUAUAAAUAAAAAGGAUAAUUUAAUGGAUGAAAAUAACAUUCUCAAUAACAACAACGAUAAUAAUAAUAAUAAUAAUGACAAGAGUAACCUCGUGCUUCAUAAUAAUAACGACAAGAGUAACCAUUUUCUUCAUAAUAAUAAUAAUGAUUCGUAUAACUAUGAUAUAUAUAAUCAUUUCCACACAUACAACAAUUGUAAUUUAUACAAUGAUGAUAAAAAUGAAUUAUCAAAAAAAGGAGCAGUAUUAAAUAGAUAUAAUGAACAAGAGCAAAAUAUUCCAAUCGAACAUGAAUAUAAUAAUAUAUCUUAUCCAUCAUUAAUUAAAAAUAACAAAAAUAAUUCUGAAAAAAAAUAUUUAGAUAAUCUAUCCAUAAAUCUUAAAGAUGAAAAAAAUUAUCAUCCAGAAAAAAAAAAUUUCAACAAUAAUCUUGAAAAAAAUAAUAAAAUAUUUACAAACGAUAUUGAACAUAUAAGUUUUAAUAAAAAAAUAUGUAAAAUAAAAAAUAUUUAUUCAGAAAAUAAAAAUAAUCAAUUUUUUAAAAAUAAUACAAAUCAUCUUUUUAAUACAAAUAUCAAUUUAUAUGAAAAGAAAAAUUAUGUAGAUGAUGAAUUUUCUCAUCAUAAGGAUCCUAUCAAAUUCUCAUCCUUAAUCAAAAAUAAACAAAACAAUAAUAACUCUUUUAUGAACUUAUUAAAUGACAAUCAAUAUGUUAAAAUUAACAACCAAAAUACUUUUAAUAAUCCAAACAAAUAUCAUCACAUGAAAAAUAAAAUCAACAAAUGA